GCUUGGGUUGCAGUGGCUGAUCCCAGCCACUAGCCCGGAGCCCGCUCAGCCUCCUCCCCUAAAGGGGACCGCCCGGCUGCGUGGUGCCAGAGCCCAGCACAACGAGAAAAGUUUGGAGCGCCUGGGGGAGUUGGGCCGCCGGAGGAAGGGAGCCAGAGGACAGGGACCUCCACUCAAAGUUUGAGCGGCCGUCGCCUCAUUCCGGGGGCGUCCGCCCCGCAGCGCCCUGCAGCAGCCAGACUUCAGUCCAGCCGGAGGAAUGGGGCUCUCGGUCCGGGACCAAGGCGAGCGCUAGGAGCUCGGCUAGAGGACUAGAGGACGGGGAGGAACUUGUUUUGCGAGCUGUCGCCGUGGGCCCUCCUUGUGUGCAGGAACUCUCCGGAAUCCGGUGGGGAAGGACUGGAUCGCUCUUCCACUGGGAUUCGCCAAGAGUUCCGGCGGCAGCUGCGGAGGUUGCAGAUUCUCCCUUUGUCCUCCUAGGACCUCCCUCCCACCCUUUUUUCCUCCCUCUGUCAGUUAGUGGGUUCCGCUGACCCAGGCCCCAGUGCCCCAGCUGCUCGCUGUCCCCACCCCAGGGUCCCUGGUAACUCCUACCACCGUAGUGUUCCACCGAGUCGAGCCGAGGGGGCUGUGAGCAGAGUCGCAGGCCCCUGGCCACAGGAUGGUGGCGCGGCUGUCCCUGGCCCGCAGUCCCGGGAGCUGGCUGGUCCCCGGGCUGUGCCUGCUUACGCUUAGUGGCCCGGGAGGACUGCUGAGCGCGCAGGAGCAGCCCUCCUGCAGAGGAGCCUUUGAUCUCUACUUCGUCCUGGACAAGUCUGGGAGUGUGGCGAAUAACUGGAUUGAAAUUUACAAUUUUGUCCAGCAACUCACGGACCGAUUUGUGAGCCCUCAAAUGAGAUUAUCUUUCAUUGUGUUUUCUUCUCAAGCAACCAUUAUUUUGCCAUUAACUGGAGACAGAGGCAAAAUCAGUAAAGGCUUGGAGGAUUUAAAACGUGUUGUUCCAACAGGAGAGACAUACAUCCAUGAAGGACUAAAGCUAGCUAACGAACAAAUUGAGAAAGCAGGAGGCUUAAAAACCUCCAGUAUCAUAAUUGCUCUGACAGAUGGUAAGUUGGACGGUCUGGUGCCAUCAUAUGCAGAGAAAGAGGCAAAGACAUCCAGGUCAUUUGGGGCUAGAGUUUACUGUGUUGGUGUCCUUGACUUUGAACAAGCUCAGCUUGAAAGAAUUGCUGAUUCCAAGGAACAAGUUUUUCCUGUCAAAGGUGGAUUUCAAGCUCUAAAAGGAAUAAUUAACUCUAUACUCGCUCAGUCAUGCACUGAAAUCCUGGAAUUGCAGCCCUCAAGUGUAUGUGUUGGGGAUGAAUUUCAAAUUGUUUUGAAGGGAAGAGGAUUCAACUUGGGCAGUCGCAGUGGCAGCGUUCUCUGCACUUACACAGUGAAUGAAACCUACACAAAGAGUGUACAGCCAGUAAGUGUGGAGCUGAAUUCUAUGCUUUGUCCUGCACCUUCCCUGAGUAAAGUUGGAGAAACUCUUGAUGUAUCAGUGAGCUUUAAUGGAGGAAAAUCUGUCAUCUCAAGCUCAUUAAUAGUCACAGCCACAGAAUGUUCUAGUGGGAUUGCAGCCGUCAUCGUUAUUUUGGUGUUAUUGCUACUCUUGGGUAUUGGUUUGAUGUGGUGGUUUUGGCCCCUUUGCUGCAAAGUGGUUAUCAAGGAUCCUCCCCCACCACCACCCCCUGCACCAAAAGAGGAGGAAGAAGAUCCUCUGCCAAACAAGAAAUGGCCAACUGUGGACGCUUCCUAUUAUGGAGGUCGAGGAGUUGGAGGAAUUAAAAGAAUGGAGGUUCGUUGGGGAGAUAAAGGAUCUACUGAGGAAGGUGCAAGGCUAGAGAAAGCCAAAAAUGCUGUGGUGACGAUCCCUGAAGAAACCGAGGAGCCUGUCAGGCCUAGGCCACCUCGACCCAAACCCACAUACCAGCCUUCUCAGACAAAGUGGUACACGCCCAUUAAGGGUCGGCUUGAUGCGCUCUGGGCUUUGCUGCGGCGACAGUAUGACCGGGUUUCCUUGAUGCGACCUCAGGAAGGAGAUGAGGUUUGUGUGUGGGGUUGUGUUGGGAAACAGCUCACUGCUUGGGUCCAUAUAAUGAAAGCAGUAAAGUAAUAAUCAGAAAGAAUUGAAAGCCCUCAUUACACUUGAGGAAGGAAUUAUCAUCUCAUGCAAAUUCCUGUUACAUAGGGUGCUUAAUAAAUUAUUAUUUGUUAGAAUGCAUCUUCAAGCUGCAGUUUAAUGCAAAUCCCUUUUCAACUAAUACAUAAAAAAUUAUGACUGCUUAUUAAAGCAAGUACACAUGCUUUAAUAAGCAGACUGGUUGCUUCAGCCUUUGAUUUGGACAACAUCACAUUCUGAGGUUUUACCAAGUGGGAGAACAGACUGGCGAUUAGAAUUGAAGCCUCUAGCACUCACUACCAGUGAGGCCUGGAGAACAUGCCUCAGGGCUUCCAUUUGUUUAGGUGUACAUAUGUUAUUUCCCUGCCCCCAACAGUUUAUGUAAUCUACUUUCUUGCAUAUAUGAAAGUGUCUUUAAAAGCAUUGUAGAAGUGUAUACAUGUAUAUACACACAUACACAUAUAUGUCAAAAUAUAUAAAUACACACACACUUGUGUAUAUGCAUUUUCUCUACCAUUGAAGCAUAUGGAAUAACUAUAGUUUUAUAAUUAAUAUAUUAGGACUAUUUCCUAUUAUGUUAAUGUAAGAAAAAUGGCUUAAACCUUUGAAUAUGUAACAAUGGUAAGUUUGGUUCAGAAACACACUACUGUUACUGAUAUUAAUAGGGUCUCUUCAUUAUGUGUCAGCAAGCCUGUAAACUUCAUUCACUUAAGCUUCAGAGGACUUUAGGUUCAUUCCAGUCCAAUAGGCUAUUUUUUUUAAAAGAUAACAUAAUAACAUAUUUGAUGAGAUUCAUAUUUAGUUUCUAGUGCCAAGCUGUCAUAUUCAGUGUUAUGGGAUUCUGUCUUGCUGCUUAAAAUAUAAAAACAUCUAAAUCUUAUGAUUUUACUUCUUUGAAAUGGGGGUAAUUUUAAAAACAUCUGAGUUCAACCAUUUAGGAAAUCCAACUGAGAAAGUAUUCCUGGAAUGUUCCCAGCACAUCAUUUACCCUUUGCUAGGACCACAGGUAGGAGAUAACCAGGUGGUGUAUGAAGCAGCCUCUUUCAUUACCACGCCACUGUGGUUAAUAGAAUGGUCUUAAUAUCUAAUGAGAUCUGUGCCCCUGUUUAAAUGUGUGCGUGAUUUGGAAUUCUGCCUCUGGAACAACCUAUAACAACUCUACUUGCCCUUCAACAUGCUAGACUUUCACUUUAUGUUUUAAAAUUGUUUUUAUGACAUUGUAGUUUUGUUCCAUUUUAGUUUUCUGUCCCUCAUGUUAAACACUAGUUCAUUGGUUCAUCAUUUUUACCUUUCUGUGUGUUGAGUAUUGCUAACACUGAAGAUGUAGUGGCCAGAAAAAAGAGAGUGUUUCCAGUGCUCUUGCCAAUACUCUAUAUAGUCUUUUAAUGCUCAUAAUUAAAACGUUUUUUAGUCUUUCAACAUUCCUACUAUUUUUUAUUUAAUUCAAUACUUUUUAAAUUGUAAAUAUGUAUAAGUAACGCCAUCAGGUAAUACUAAAGGGUUAACCAUAGCCUUUGUUGUUAAGAAACCUGAAAUUUGUUUGGGAAGCAAAAUAUAUACAAAGAUAAUGUUUAUUGCAGAAUGUGAUCUGGGUCAUAUUAUAGGUUGGUAUCAAGUACUUUUGAGUGCACACAGCAAGAGAGAUUAACUUUUCCUGGAGGAAUUUGGGAAUAUUUAUUCAAAACCUUAGGCCUUAUACUAUGAAAAUGAGUAGGAUUUCAUCCGAUGGAGUUGGGUGAAAUGAGGAAUGAGAGUUUCCAUUGAGGAAGCAUCAUGAGCAAAGUCCCUGAGAUAGCCAAGAAUACAGUGACUUGAGGGUUACUAGAUAGUCUGGAGACUGGGGGGAAACCAGAAUAAGUUAGCAACAGAAGAGAUCUUUUAGUCUGGAUAAGUUGACAUGUUUGGUUUUUAAAACAAUGCAUUACACUCAUUCUUGUGUUGAUUCAACAAAUACUUAUCUAGUGCGUACCAUGUACUGAGAACUUUGUUAGACACCAAAUAAAUUUAGCGUCCUUCUUAAAUUAUAGUGCUGGAAUAUUCCACAUGUUGCCCCAACUGUUUAAAUUUGUAUUUAUUUUUCCAUGAUGGAAGACUAAUACUUCCAUUAUUUUGACCAAGAUUUCCUUUGAUUUUUAGUAAUUGCACACACUUUCAUUUAAUAUAGUCCCAAAGCCUUCUAUUCCAACUCUUGAGGCCAAAUUGUUUCAAAAUUCAUAAAUUUUCAGAUUUUAGGAAUCUGAUAGAGUCCAUAUAUUACAUUUAUGUAAACAGCACCUCCUGAUCAUUAUUCAGACAUUUUGCUACAAAAUAUUAAUUGCUAAAAGUGGACAAAUAUAGACUAUAAGUAGUCUCAAGUUAGCUCAGGCCAGGUUUUUACUUGUAAAUGCAUUUUGAUGACAAACUUUGCACAACAAUUUGUUUUCAAAUAUUUCAUAUUUUGAAAGUUUAGAUAAAAGAUAGUAGGCCUUUACUGUGUGAUAAAUUAGUUUUUCCAUACUCUAUAUAUGCUAUUUUUGAUUUGUUGUUUGUUUUUUACUUUAAGCUUAGUAAACAUCGAUUGUUGGUUCAAUUAGCUAAUUUGCUGUUCUGUCAAAUAUAUAUGAUUUUAUGUGUGCUUGACACAGUCUGACACAAUCUUUGUUCAUAAUGCCUAUUUUUGAUACAGUUACUGGUUCCAACAUUUUGUCACCUGCAAAUUUUGUCACUUAUUUCAAGCCACUGUUAAAAUCUCAGUGUGACCCUUUGUGAAAGCUUUUCCUGACAGGCUGACGCUCCACAGUUAGCUAGUGUUAGUAUGGUAAAGUUAGCAAACACCCAACUGUACAAGCUCAGAUUACCAUUUUAUUUAUAAGGCUAUUUAAUAUAUUUUGUUAAAUUGUUUGCUGAAUUUAAGGUAUAAUGUAUAUUUAUGGGUUCCCCCAUCCAAGCAAUCAAUGAUGCAAAAUUAUUUGAUCAUGGAAAUCAGGUAUGCUUUACAUGAGUUAUUCUUGUGCUUCUGCUUUCUUGCCAAUGAUCCUUUAUAUCUAUUUUUUUAGGAUGGGGUUUGAUACAAAGUCUGUAGUUAUUGACAUAUACCCUUUUCCCUUCAAACAACUUGGGAAAUCUUUUCCCUCCUGCCUCCUUUGUUUAUUUCUCAUCUCAUGUUUUAUGUUUCACAAGGACUAUUAAGAAUAUUUGUUUCUGUGAAUUCCACAUCAUUAACCAGGUCCUCAACGUUUGAUAGAAUUAAUUCCAAUGUAAAUUUCCCCUCCCACAGAAAUAUAACCUGACUUUUUCAGAGAUUAAAUGAUAGAAUCAGCAAGAAUCGUGUCAAUACUGUAGCAGAAUUAGUGUUGUGUAUACUAAUAAUUUAGGGUAACCAAAGAGUUCCAAUUUUUGCAUAUCUUUACGUUAUGUUUCAUAAAGCCAUCGUACUGCUUUGGUUACAAGAUCUCUAGAAUGCUUUCCCUUUCCUUCCUUCCUUUUUUCCUUCCUUCCCUCUUUCUAUCCAUCUUUUUUGUUCUUUGUCUCUUAAAUAUGUUUACCUCCACUAUGCUUUCAUUUUCAGGUUUUCUAAUUCCUUAUACCAGUUAAUGCAUUUCUUAUAUACUAUGCCAAUUUUCUUUUUGGCUUCAUUUGAAUGACUGAAGACUUUUAGUUUCUCUAUUCUUAUCCUAAUGAACACAGUAAAAUCAUUACUGACAAGGCCUACCAUGUAACUCUAUGAUACUUGUGCUGAAAAGAAUCUGCACCAAUCACAGGACAAUUAAUUAUAGUAAAUAUUUUGGUGGAUUUAACUUAAAAAUCUUUACAAUAACUGAAACAUAUCAAAUAUUAUUAUCCAAAAGAGUCAUAUUUAAUUAUUUGUUUAAAUAAAAUUACAAUUGCAUGGUGCAGUGGCAUAAUUUUACUGAGACUCCAUCUCACAAAUUUUAUUUUAUAAAAUGGGAGACUAUAAUAUUUCUUAAAUUCCAGUACUUUUUGCUUUAGAGUAAUUUUCAUUUGAGAAACCUGAAGUAAUUUACCUAGUAUGAAAAGGAGGCUCCAGAAGUAAAGAGAGAAUCAGCAAGUAGCACUGGGCACAGUUCAUUGUGACGUAUGGUGAAAAUGGGAUGACCUGCCUUGGUAGUGCUUCAUCUGUUCCUGAGAAGAACAGCAUGGCUCUCUGUUACCUCCUACUUGUGUCUAGUUAGUUAAGUCCAUAAAAACUAAACUGCCUAAACUCCAUGGUUUUCACUAAAUUUGCUUAUACACGUAAAGAAAAUGUUAAAUUUAGGAAACUGGGAUGUCCAAGUGGCAGCAUUCUCUUCUUCUCUGGCUCUUGGUGUUGAGCUUUCUCUGUAGCCAGGGCAUAAUCAUUGAGUGAGAAAAUCUUGGAGUUGUUGUGAUUGUGUUUUUGUUAACCACUCUCACUUGUGACAGGGCCCCACAGCAUAAGGAAGGGUAAAAGCUUGUCCUCAGCUGUUCUCCCCUAAAACAAUCCAGUACCAGGUUAAACCAAAUUAAACUAAACACUGAACUCAGACUACUCAUGAAAAAUGAUAUGUAUGUUCAUAUGUUCACAUACCCACACACAUGAGAUGUUCCUUGCCCCCUGAAACCAGUUAUCAAUUUUUUAUCACAAAUCUAUUUUUCCCAUUAAACUUUUCCAUUGACUAUUAGGAAAUCUGCCAAUAGUAUGGUGUUAUUUUAGGUCAGUACUCUGAUUCCCCCUGAAAGGUUUGCCUCUGAACAUCAAAUAAUUCAUUGGAACAAAAGUUGUUAGCUAUUCAAGGUCAAUUCUUUUUAAAAUAAAGUUUAUCAGCAUGUAAACUGGGGAAUAACUUUUGCAAAUAAUAUUGUUAUCUUCCUGUACUCAUAAAGGCUAGUGUGUGUUCACUACUGAUUAUGCUCCCUAUGAAGUAGUUGUGUAAUGGUGUAGGAGCUGUGUAUGUAAAUGUGAAGCAGUUUGUGUAUUGUAGGAAUUAGAUUGACUUUUGGGAAAAUAUUUUAAAUAGUCGGAAUUGAAUGCUGUUUGUUUUAUACUGUCAAGAAACAAAUGAGAAUACUUUCAUGCCUGCAUUUUUAAAGGGAGUAAUAGUCACUCUCUCUCAAAAAACAAAAAAGAACAAAACUUGAUGCUGCUUAAGAGACAAUAAAACUCAAUUGUUUUCAGGCUGUGGCUGAUGGCUCCAAAACAACAGAACCUCUGCCUAGUCAGGGGUACGAUUUCUACCUUGGAAAACAAUCUUGUCAUCUAUUUAUAAAUUGUUUACUGCAGAUUCUGCCUCUUGAGAGUGCGGUUUAAUAAACAAAUCAGCCAACAUACAACGUAGAACUAAACCCAGAGUCACACACAUUUAUUCUGCAAGUCAAAUACUCUCUUUUUAUGGCUCAGAGGCUGCACUGGGCUCAUUUACAGAAUUCACUGCUGAAUUGAAGUCCUUGAUCAAGUAAUUGAAGUUCAGGCAUAAAGUAUCAAAGCGGCGCGAGAAAUCUCUUCGUCCCUGGCUCCCGCUACCUUUCCGCGCCGCCAGCGCCUGCCGAGGUGGCACUCCGCGCGCUGCGCGCACACCAGCCACACGCAGGCUUUGAUUGUAGCUGCAACUCCACGGAGUCAUGAAUGUUUCAGCGCCCGCGCGUGAGGUGAGGGCCUCGUGGCCAGGUGUAAGCUAGCAGGUUGUCGGCGACAUCUGUUUGCAGCGGCCGCGGAGGCCUCCCCAGCCAGCGGCGAGCGACAGGAUUGUCAGCGGAGGUAGUUGAGAGAGGCAGAACCGUUUUGGUCUCACUGGCUGCCUGGAGGCCCGAAACACACAAAGGUAGGAGUAGGGGUGGACACAGCUGCGCUCCCAAACUUGCCUUAGGCACAAAUAAAGAGAUCUAAUGCAGUUUGACUUCAUUGCGGUGGGGAAACAGGGACAGAAAGCCACUUCAGAGACACCUUAACGCUGCAACAUCUGCCGCCAAGUUUCCAGGGAGUGACGGGGGACAGCAGGUACCGAUCGAAGUCUCCACAUAAACAACCUCCAUUAAGCCAUGGACUCUUUUGAAGGGCCUCCAUCAAACAAGCUGGAGUCCGCAGCAGGAGUUUGUUUGGUUUUCAAAGCAGUGUUUUGUUUUUGCAGUAACAAGGUAAUUUAUAAAUGAUGCAUCACCACGCGUCCUCCUUUGUUUCUUUUUUAAUUUAAAUUUAUUUGUAAAGGGAGAGUUAGAAAAGCAAAAAGGCAAAGAAAGGGGAAAACCUAGCACUAGUUUUGGAGUUGUUCCACAAACCCAUUAAAUCUCCGCGGAGCUUCUUGGCUGUAAUCGAGGUUACGUUAACCUUCAGACCGCGAGCUCUCAUUCAGCGGUAAGCAGACAUAAAUUUAUAUACUGGAGUGGAAGACUCCUAGUAAUAGUAACACCCCUGAGGUACACCCACUGUUUGCUUUUAAACUUACAUCACAGGGCUUCUUACGACAUGGAGAUGAAAUGUAAUGAGAUUUUUUAAAGAUGGGAAUUCUCCUUUAGUAAAACGAAGGUUAGAAAAUUGCAUUGACUUUAUUUUCUUCCUUAGUGCCUGUUAUUGGUUAUUAAAAAUAACAUUUGAGGUUGAAAGUAAGAACUACAUGUUAAAAGGCAUUUUUGAGGGGAUUUCUCCCCUCUACCAUCUAGAUUCACCCACAAAAUUUUUUUAAAUGUGUGUAUUUUUCUCUGGGAAUAUGGCAAAACUCGUCAUUGUGCAUACACAUAUUUGACAUAACAGACCUGGUUAAAAUAUUAUUGUGGCAAAUAAAGCUCCAGGUAUGGUAAGAUAAAAACUACUCAAUGGAAAUGUAAACUAUUAUUGUUGAGGAAAUUUAGGCUCCCUCACCUGAGGGCAUGUCAGGUUGACCAUUGUGAGAUAAAAGAAAGAUGCUGGCUGACUCCAAAGCAUCCUUUGGAGUGGGAGUAGCCAGGGAACAAUGGUGUGGGGAGAGAGGCUAGAAGGUGACAAAGUUUUCAUCAGUUAAUGGUGAAAUAAGCAAUAGGAGUGCAUGGUGAAUUUCCAAUUAAGCUAAAUUUAUUUUGUUGAGAUUACUUUUGUUAAUUAUGCAAAUACAAUUUUAAUUUUUUGAAAAGAUUAAUGGUAGCUACUCAAAAACAAUGUCCAUUCUGACAGAGCUCAGUGUUAGUCUUCAAUUUUUAAAAAAACCUACAGAAAAGCAUCUAAACAUAGGGCAGGGUCGUUUAAAGGCCCCAGAGUGACUGGACAGCCUCAGUGGCACGUGACCUCAGGCUGGUGCUCCUAUUCACACCUCUGGUUCUAGAUUUAUGUUCACGCUUCUGACAGUCCUGCUUUUGAGCUCUCAUGCUCAAAAUAAUCUGGCCUUAUGCUCUUCAGUGUGGCUUCUUCAAUGAGUCGAACCCUCCCAAGGAUCACCCUGAACUUUGUCUUGCUGACAGGUCGCCCACUGCUCAGUCGUUUCAAACACUUCACCUUCAGACUGAAUGAACAUGCUGAUAGCAGAGACUUUGUGCCACAUGGCCUUUAAGUUCCCCAUCACCUUUGCAAAAUGUAAACCAUUUAUGGGUGUUUCUGAACAGAUUGAAACCUUCACUCAAAUGAUUUGAUAUUUCCAAUGUUUUUAGUGCUUGGCAUUAUGCUGCUAAUGACUGCAUUCUUAAGCUUAAUUUUUCUGUUCUAUCUAAAUGCAGAGCAGGGCAAAUGUUGCCUUAGAGUUGUGAAUAUGUGAAACAGAGUUUAGUCUAUAUUAUUAUAUUAUAUUAUUAUAUUUAUUAUUAUUAUAGUAUUUUCCAUACAAAUGACUGUAAACCUGCUUUUGCCACACCCUUUAUUUUGAGUCAUACAGCUGAACUUUGUUAAUAGAUUGUAGGGACUGUAAGAAAACCCUUGUUUUUAGCCUGAGUCAGUCUAAUUGCAUACAAAAUGCUCACACUGCUUUCAUACCUUACCUAUUUUACUCUUAAAAAUAGGGUUGGC